GCGAGGCGCUGUGUGGUGUUCCUCCGCCACAGCCUCUGCCUCUAAGUACACCCACAGGAGGAGAUGACCCAGCCGCCCUUCACUCCCGUAGGAGGUGAAAGGAGUACAAAGGGCGUUGUUUAGCCGUGGUCCUCGAAGAAAUAGAGGACCUUUACGCGGUACUACUUUUGGAGUGCGCGAGUUGGCCUGCGCGAAGGGACUCCAGAUCUUCGUGUUGUUGUUGGGUGUUUCCAUGAAGUUUAGUUACAAUGAAAAUGUGCAUCAGGCGGGCAAUAAAACGCCAAAAUAGCCACCUGUACUAUAUAAAACAUGACAGAGGGAAAUGAUGACGGCAACUAUUUGGUUCGAGUGCGUGCUCAGGUGAUGAUGCGUGAUGACAGUACAGGGGGUUGGGUGCCCAUGGGUGGGGGCGGCCUCUCCAACGUGUCUGUCAGGAAGCGCUUCACCCACCCCGACCUUGAUGACUCAAAAUACGAAUAUAUCAUUUACGGCAAGAGAAUAUCAGAUCAGACAGUAGUACUAAGUUGUACAAUAAUAAUAAAGGACUUUCAGUACUACAAAGUGAUGCCAACCUUUCACCACUGGAAGACGGGGGACAUGAAGUUUGGACUAACAUUUCAGACAGCGGCCGAUGCAAGAGCUUUCGACAACGGCGUCCGCUUGGCUCUGGAUGACUUGCUUGAGGGUCUCAAUGACAUUCCAUCCUACCGCCACGGCCCGGAUUCAGAAAAAGUAUUCGUGACUGUCCAUCUUCCCCGAGUGGAGAGAGAGAGUGGAGGCUCACGGUCAUCGUCGGGGUCGGUCACCACCAGCAGCAGCCGUCACACACCCACCGUUACUCCUAUUCAGACUCCAGACCACCCCCCUCACCACCACCACCACCACCACCAUCACCACCACCACCACCAUUACCCACCGCCAGGAGGAGGAAGUGGGGUGGGGGGGGUUGGAUCAGUGGGAGGAGUCGGCAUAUCCACAACAAACACAUCUCCUUCUUCUACCCCCCCCAACCUACCCACCACAACGACCGGGACAACUCAACCCUACCCCCACCCACACACCAACCACCACCAUGACUACCUGCACCAACUAACCUUUCUGCCCAGACCCAAACCCCCCCUGCCCCCCAACAUCAAGCCUCCAGACAAGCAAAUAGAACUGGAAUGUGAUCAGAAGCCUGAAAACCCUCUUGAUCUCCCUCCAGACCAAGACAAGACAGACAUUACUGGAGACCCAUUUUCUUAUGUCCAGUUUGACCGCGAGAACCCCCAGCACCACUACAGCUACCCGGUGGUGGAGGGACUCAAGCCGGACAAAAGGGACACGUCAUCGCUAAAGAAACCUCAGAAUCUGGAGCUUGGCCGGGCGACUCCUUCACAACCCAUGGCUGCACCUCAGCUUCCCCUCAAAAGACAAAUGAGAAAGGACAGGAAGAGCAGAAAGACCAUAAAGGCCCGCUGCAAGCAUUGCCAAGAAAUGUUCACCUACGACACCAAUUCACGAGGCAGCUGUGAAUUCGCCCCAGAUUGUGUGCGUUCAGCCAUCGACACGCUUACUUGCAUCACUUGUGCACAGUGUAUGUUGUACCACUGCAUGAGUGAUGCAGAGGGAGAUUUUGCACACCAUCCAUGUGAGUGCGGGGGACCCGGCGGCACAGCAGAUGAGUCGUGUGGGCGGAGGUGGCUGGGAUUGACCCUGUUGUCCCUGCUGGUGCCAUGCUUGUGGUGCUACCUUCCACUACGAGCAUGUCACCGGUGUGCUGUUGCCUGCGGCCUGUGCGGUGGAAGGCAUGAGGCCUCCUGACUCACCGCCCCCAUGCAUGCCCCAGAGGACGAAGAGGAGGAUGAGGAGGAUGACGAAGACACCGUGUUCACGGUCACAGGAAGCCCAGCACUGCACUCCCCCCAACCAUGGGGGGAACAGGGGGGCGGCUCCCACCAGGCAGGGGUGGUAUUGGGCAUGUAUGUGGAUGGCUGAACAGUGCUGGGAGAUGCCUGGUUAAAGUUAUGUAGCCAGUGAGGCAUUGUGACUGGGACAACAAUGUCCACAGUGUUAACUCAGAGUGUGAGGGUGCUGCUAGCUGGCACAGAUGUUUGUCAAACAGCCUAGUGGAAAGAAGAGUGUAACUGUGUGAUACAAGGAGUGUGAAUGUUACCGCUUUUGACUAAGUGGCUAGAAAGGACACAACGGUCUGAGUGUUCUAUGUACCUGACGGCCACACUCCGGCCUCAGAGAGUGUGUGUGCACGUGUGCGUCCAUGUGCAUAGUACACACUCUGCCGUACAUGGCCAGUUCUAAACUCUUGCAUUUGGAAACCCUUGUUCACCUAUAUGUGAGCUGCUGUGUAAGUGGUGAGUCUGUCCGCCUUGGCCUAUUUAAUAAUCUAAAGGGAUCCCAAUUUUUCAAGGGCUCAGGAGAAAUUGUGACACCCUUUGGAAUUGCUGUGACUUUUUGUAUGCUUUUAAUUAUUAUUGUGAUAGAUGUUCUAUAUAUUGAUAGCUUUAGCUGGCCAAGACGGACAGGUGGCCAAGGCAGCUGGACUGUCACGUGUCACAUAAUACCUACGUGAAGGUCUCACUUGCGUUUGCCUUACAUGCCAACACUUUGUGUUUAGUCUUUGGGCGAGGAUUAGCGCCGUGGUCACCAUGUGUAUGCCAGACAACUUUAUCAAGGGUUUCCUUGUCAUUUUAGGUGCUAAAGCACAAAUCAUGGACUUUAUUUUUAUUUAUUUUGAGUAUUAAAAAAAUCAGUUGUGUUGCAGUUAAAAACAAUUUUCUACACAACUUUGUAUAUAACAUGUGUAAGGCAGUUGCACUGUGAAACAUAAAAUACAAGGUGGUUUGGCUUCUUUAAAAUCAAACUAAGGUAAUGAUGUAACUACAUAAUGUAGUGAUCAAAUGAUAAAGACUAAACUUCCAAAUUUCAUUAAUGUACGGAACACUAGCGGCACAUGAAUCAGUGCCCCGUGGAAAUCCUUCAACUACUGUUGUCACAAUUACUGCAUAUAUUGAUAUCCCCUCAUGUAUGAUUACCAAGAAGAGGCCAAUUUUGUGUACAACCUAGAUGGUGGCCCAGCAGCCCGAGGUCACACCCAAGAUGACCGCAGGCCUCUCGGGUGUUCCUGCGCAAGGAUGAGACUGACUGCCUUCCUCUUGGCGCCUGUGACCUGGGCUGACAUAGAUGUUUUUGGUAGUGGCCGUUUGGGAGCGGCUAGGUCGUCACCCAGGCAGGGUCUUGGAUCAGCCUGAGGCUCCGGAUACCUAACAUUAUCUUAUUUUGAGGUAAAGAGGUGACUCAAGGCAGCACCACCCUGCGGGGCGACCUGGGGCUCGGCUCCCUCACCCGCCACUCAGCCACCCUAGUCACCAACAAAAUUGCAACUAAUGUCAGCAGUCUAUCAUUUUGUUUUCUUUGCAACAAUUUUAAGCAAAAAGUCACAAAAGCUGUAGUUUCAUUUUACCUCUAUUGAAGGUGUUACUCUUCCUCUUACAUACGUACUACCUAAGAUUUAUUUCGACUGCACUGUUUUCAAGUCAUUGUUUCAGUGUCUACUUUCGUUUCCCUUCGUGAGUCCUGUCUAAAUCAUUGUCACGUAUAGGAUGUAACAAAAAGAUUUUAUGAAGAAUAAUGACAACCAAAGACAUAUCCUAUAA